AUGGCUCUAAUUACUUCUUCUCCUUCUCCCUCAAUCUCCACUAGCAUUUUGACUAAUAAUAAUAUUACUAUUGAAAUUGAUUACAAAAAAGGUGUAAAGUACUUAGUUGACAAUUCAAAGGACAUGAAAAUGUUGCCUUCCCAGUUUGUUUUGCCAAUUCCAGAAGGUGAGAGGCCAUCAUUGGCCAUUGAUGGUUCGAUUCCAGAUAUAGAUAUGAGUGGCCUCAAUGGACCUGAUGAGCAAAGACUAUCAACUAUACAUGCCAUUAGUUCUGCAUGUGCUCAAUGGGGAUUCUUUAGGGUGACUAAUCAUGGUAUAAAGACCUCUAUCAUGGAUGAAAUGCUUAAAAUCAUAGAAGAGUUUUUCAAUCUUCCAUUAGAAGGGAAAAUGAGAUAUUGUUCAGAAAAUGUGAUGGAUCCAGUUAGAUAUGGAACAAGCUUGAACACUACCAGAAAGCAUGCCCUUCAUUGGAGGGACUUUUUGAGGCACUAUGGUGGUCUUAAUUUACUAUUUCAAAGAAUAAUAAACUGA